CUCUCUCUCUCUCUCACUACAAUCUCUCUCUCUCUCUCUCUCUCUCUCUCUCUCUCUCUCUCUCUCAAGUUCCCAACUAUUCAUAUAUAGUUAAGUUCAGAUCCCGUGGAGAAACAAAAAAAACAACCUCUUUCUUUGCUCAAACAAGAUUUGGGUUUCUUCAAAGCUAUCUCCUUUAAAAAAAAAAACAAAACUUUGUUUAGUUGUUAGAAGGAGAUUGAAGAAAGCAACGGAGGGGGUUUUAUUGGGUCUUAAGUUUUUUCGAAAUGGUUUUCAUGUCUGAGAUUUUGUUCACUGAAGAAGAAAAAAUUGAAGAAGGAGAGUGGGAAAAGGAGAGAUAAGAAGAAGAGAACAAUACCCAGCAAGCAGAAGUAGAGAAAAAGAUCAAUAAUUCUUUUCCUUCAUUUUCAUCUGCUUCUGCUGGGUGGUUGGCAAUGUCUGCACCAAUGAUCAUUGACCCAAUAGUGAUAUCGGCACCAGAAACUCAAUCAGCAGCUACCAUAAUUGUUGCACAGAGUGAAGUUGAAUUUGCUGUGUGUGAUUGUUGUGGACUAACAGAAGAGUGCACCCCAGCUUACAUAGAAAGAAUCAGAGAAAGGUACCAUGGAAAAUGGGUUUGUGGGUUGUGUGCUGAAGCUGUUAAGGAUGAAAUCGUAAGGUCCGAGAGGCUUGUUAGCACAGAAGAAGCAAUGACAAAGCACAUGAACUUCUGCAAAAAGUUUAAGGCUUCAGGGCCUCCACCAAAUCCAGCAGUGCAUUUGAUAUCAGCUAUGAGACAGAUUCUUAAGCGGAGUUUGGAUUCUCCUAGAGUAAGGUCCACACCAAGUAGUCCAACUAAGACUAACACAGAAAUUCAUGGUUCUGUGCUUACAAGAUCUGAAAGCUGCUUAUCUACUCUCUCUGGUCCCUGAAGGUUUGGGAUGAAAUGAGGGGAAUACUGUGUAUUUGGUUGGCUAAAACUGGAAGAAGAAAGGAGAAAAUAAGGACAGAAAAACAUAAGCUUUAAAUUAGAUGUUCAAUUGUAGUUGUCCAGCACAUAACUUUCAAUCUGUUGUUAGAAAUUGAACAUAAUUUGAUCAAGAAUUUUGCU